CUUCCCUCCCACACAGGCUGAUGUGUUCUCAGCCAGGGGAUGAAGCUGCGGCUCCUGUUGGCCGCGAUCUGUGCCGGGAUCCUGACCGGGUCGUCCAAAGUGUGGGCUCAGCCCAGGGAAAGAGUGACCUGCACACGCCUUUAUGCCGCUGACAUCGUGUUUCUACUGGACGGCUCCUCCUCCAUUGGCCGAGGCAACUUCCGAGAAGUGCGGGGCUUCCUGGAGGGGCUGGUGCUGCCUUUCUCUGGGGCAGCCGGUACACAGGGUGUUCGUUUUGCUGCAGUUCAGUACAGUGAUGACCCGCGAACAGAGUUUGGCCUGGAUGCACUUGGCUCUGGGGGUGAUGUGAUUCGUGCCAUUCGUGAGCUCAACUACAAGGGGGGCAACACUCGCACAGGGGCUGCACUUCUGCAUGUAUCUGACCAUGUCUUCCUGCCCCAGCUGGCCCGGCCUGGCAUCCCCAAGGUCUGCAUCCUGAUCACAGAUGGGAAGUCCCAGGACCUGGUAGACACAGCAGCCCAGAGGCUUAAGGGACAAGGGGUCAAGCUGUUUGCUGUGGGAAUCAAGAAUGCUGACCCUGAGGAACUGAAGAGAGUUGCCUCACAACCAACCAGUGAUUUCUUCUUCUUCGUCAAUGACUUCAGCAUCUUGAGAACCCUAUUGCCCCUCAUUUCCCGGAGAGUGUGCACAACUGCUGGUGGUGUGCCUGUGACCUUGCCUUCUGUUGACUCAACAACUGGCCCCCGGGACCUGGUGCUGUCUGAGCCAAGCAGUCAAUCUCUGAGAGUACAGUGGACAGCAGCUAGUGGCCCUGUGACUGGCUAUAAGGUCCAGUACACUCCUCUGACAGGGCUGGGACAACCACUGCCAGGCGAACUGCGGGAGGUGAAUGUCCCAGCUGGUGAGACCAGCAUGUGGCUGCAGGGUCUCCGGCCACUGACUGAGUACCAAGUGACUGUGGUUGCCCUCUAUGCCAAUAGUAUUGGUGAGGCUGUGAGUGGGACAGCUCAGACUACUGCCCUAGAGGGGCCAGAGCUAACUAUCCAGAAUACCACAGCCCACAGCCUCCUGGUGGCCUGGCGGAGUGUGCCAGGUGCUACUGGUUACCGUGUGACAUGGCGGGUUCUCAGUGGUGGGGAAACACAGCAGCAGGAGCUGGGCCCUGGACAGGGGUCAUUGUUGCUACGUGACCUGGAGCCUGGCAUGGACUAUGAGGUGACUGUGAGCACCCUACUCGGCCGUAGUGUGGGGCCUGCUACUUCCCUGACUGCCCGCACUGACUCUUCUGUUGAGCAGACCCUGCGUCCUGUCAUUCUGGGACCCACAUCCAUUCUCCUUUCUUGGAACUUGGUGCCUGAGGCCCGUGGCUACCGGUUGGAGUGGCGUCGUGAGAGUGGUUUGGAACCACCCCAGAAAGUGGUGUUGCCCUCUGAUGUGACUUACUACCAGUUGGAUAGGCUGCAGCCAGGCACUGAAUAUCGCCUCACACUCUACACUCUGCUGGAGGGCCGUGAGGUGGCCACUCCUGCAACUGUGGUCCCCACUGGACCAGAACAGCCUGUGGGCCCUGUGAUGGACCUACAAGCAACUGAACUGCCUAGGCAGCGAGUACGAGUGUCCUGGAGCCCUGUCCCCAGUGCUACUGAGUACCGAAUCACUCUGCGCAGCACCCAAGGGGUUGAGAGAACACUGGUGCUUCCUGGGAGUCAGACAGCCUUUGAUUUGGAUGAUGUUCGUGCUGGGCUCAGCUACACUGUGCGGGUGUCUGCUCGAGUGGGUGCACGUGAGGGUAGUGCUAGUGUCCUCACUAUUCGCAGAGAACCAGAAACCCCACUUGCUGUCCCAGGACUACGAGUUGUGUUGUCAGAUGCAAUGAGAGUAAGAGUGGCCUGGGAACCUGUUCCUGGAGCCAGUGGAUUUCGGAUUACUUGGAAGACAAGCAGUGGUCCAGAGUCUAGUAAGACAUUGCCCCCAGACGCUACUGCCACAGACAUCCUGGGGCUGCAGCCUGGAACCUCCUACCAGGUGGCUGUGUCUGCACUUCGAGGGAGAGAGGAGGGCCCCCCUGUGACCAUCAUAGCUCGAACCGACCCAGUGGGCCCAGUGAGGACAGUUCAUGUGACUCAAGCUGGCAGCUCAUCCGUCACCAUUGCCUGGACCAGGGUUCCUAGUGCCACAGGAUACAGAAUUUCCUGGCACUCAGGCCACGGCACAGAGAAAUCCCAGUUGGUUUCUGGGGAGGCCACAGUGGCUGAGCUAGAUGGGCUGGAGCCAGAUACUGAGUAUACAAUACACCUGAGGGCCCAAGUGACCGGUGUGGAUGGGGCCCCUGCCUCUGUUGUUGUGAGGACUGCUCCUGAACCUGUGGGCAGUGUGUCCAAGUUGCAGAUCCUCAAUGCUUCCAGUGAUGUUCUUCGGGUCACCUGGGUAGGGGUCACUGGAGCCACAGCAUACAGACUGGCUUGGGGCCAGAGUGAAGGUGGCCCCAUGAGACAUCAGAUACUCCCAGGAAAUACUGACUCUGCAGAGAUCAGGGGUCUUGAAGGCGGAGUCAGCUACUCUGUGCGAGUGACCGCACUUAUUGGUGACCGAGAGGGCGCACCUGUCUCCAUUGUCGUCACCACACCACCUGAGGCUCCAACAGCCUUAGAGACACUUCGCGUAGUGCAGCGCAGUGAGCACUCACUGAGACUCCUCUGGGAACAGGUGCCUGGGGCACAUGGAUUCCUUCUUCGCUGGCAACCUGAGGGUGGCCAGGAACACUCUAGGGUUUUGGGACCUGAACUCAGCAGCUACCUUCUGGACGGGCUGAAGCCAGGGACACUGUACCAUGUGUGGCUGAGUGUCCUAGGGCCAGCUGGAGAAGGACCCCCCAGGGAGGUGACUGCACACACUGAGUCACCUCGUGUUCCAAGUACUGAACUAAAUGUGGUGGAAACCUCGAUCGACUCAGUAACUCUGGCCUGGACCCCAGUGUCUGGGGCAUCCAGGUACAUCCUAUCCUGGCAGCCACUCAGAAGCACUGGCCAGGAAGUACCAGGGACCCCACAGACACUUCCAGGCAUCUCGAGCUCCCAGCGGGUGACAGGACUAGAGCCUGGCAUCUCCUAUAUAUUCUCCCUGACACCUGUCCGCGGGGAUGUGCUGGGUCCUGAGGCCUCUGUUACACAGAAGCCAGUGUGUUCCCAUGGCCCAGUGGAUGUGGUGUUCCUGUUACAUGCUACUAGAGACAAUGCUCACCGUGCAGAGGCUGCUAGGCAGGUCCUGGAGCAGUUGGUGUCGGCACUUGGGCCUCUUGGGCCACAGGCUACCCAGGUUGGCCUGCUAUCCUACAGUCACCGGCCCUCCCUACUAUUCCCACUGAAUAGUUCCCAUGACCUUGGCAUCAUCUUGCAGAAGAUCCGUGACAUCCCCUACAUGGACCCAAGUGGGAACAACUUGGGCACAGCUGUGGUCACAGCUCACAGACAUCUGUUGGCACCAGAUGCUCCUGGGCGCCGACAACAAGUGCCUGGGGUUAUGGUUCUGUUAGUGGAUGAGCCAUUGAGAGGUGACAUAUUCAGUCCUAUCCGCGAGGCCCAGUCUGCUGGGCUCAAGGUGAUGAUGUUGGGCUUGGCUGGAGCUGACCCAGAACAGCUACGUCGCUUGGUGCCAGGCGUGGACCCUGUGCAGAACUUCUUUGCUGUGGAUGAUGGUCCAAGUCUGAACCGGGCAGUCAGUGAUCUGGCAAUAGCCCUGUGUCAAGCAGCCUCAGCCACUCAGCCACGGCCAGAGCCUUGCUCCGUUUAUUGUCCAAAGGGCCAGAAAGGGGAACCUGGAAUGAUGGGCCUGAAAGGACAAGCUGGGCCUCCUGGCCCCUCCGGUCCCCCGGGCAGGACUGGUGCUCCUGGCCCCCAAGGCCCUCCUGGAAGUACUGUUGGAAAGGGUGAAAGGGGCUUCCCUGGUGCAGAUGGGCCUCCAGGCAACCCUGGUCACCCUGGGACUCCUGGAACUCCUGGAAGCCCUGGCCUGAAGGGCUCCCCAGGUUGGCCUGGCCCUCGUGGGGAACCGGGAGAGCGAGGACCUCGAGGCCCGAAGGGGGAGCCGGGAGAGCCUGGGCAAGUCACUGGAGUAGACAGACUAGGGCUUCCUGGAAAGAAAGGGGACCCUGGACCUUCGGGCCCUCCUGGACCUCGUGGCCCUUUGGGAGAUCCAGGACCCCGUGGUCCCCCUGGCUUUCCUGGAACAGCUGUGAAGGGUGACAAAGGUGAUCGUGGGGAACGGGGUCCCCCUGGACCAGGUACUGGUAGCAUGGCAUCUGGGGAACCUGGACUGCCGGGUCUUCCUGGAAACCCUGGACCCCAAGGCCCAGUUGGUCCCCCUGGAAAGAAAGGAGAAAAGGGUGACUGUGAGGAUGGAGCCCCAGGCCUCCCAGGACAACCUGGGACCCCGGGUGAGCCGGGCUUGCAGGGACCUCCUGGAGUCACUGGCCCCAAAGGUGACCGGGGACUGACAGGGAUCCAGGGUGAGACUGGAGAAAAAGGUGAACGGGGACUUCCUGGCCCAGUGGGACCCCAGGGACUGCCUGGGAUUGCUGGACGUCCUGGAGCUGAGGGUCCUGAAGGACCACCAGGACCCACUGGCCGCCGUGGAGAGAAGGGAGAGCCUGGUCGCCCUGGGGACCCUGUAGUAGUGGGACCUACUGGUGUGGGAGCCAAAGGAGAAAAGGGAGAUAUGGGGCCUACUGGACCCAAAGGAGCUGCUGGAGUAAAAGGGGAACAGGGUCCACCAGGGUUGGUUCUUCCUGGAGACCCUGGCCCCAAGGGAGAUCGUGGAGACCGGGGUCCCAUUGGUCUCACUGGAAGAGCAGGACCUCCAGGUGACUCAGGUCCUCCUGGAGAGAAGGGAGACUCUGGGCGGCCUGGCCCUCCUGGACCUAUUGGCCUCCGAGGACGAGAUGGUGAAGUUGGAGAGAAAGGUGAUGAAGGUCCCCCGGGUGAACCAGGUUUGCCUGGAAAAGCUGGUGAGCGUGGCCUUCGGGGGGCACCUGGACCCCGAGGUCCUGUGGGUGAGAAGGGAGACCAAGGAGAUCCUGGAGAGGAUGGACGAAACGGCAGCCCUGGACCAUCUGGACCCAAGGGUGACCGUGGGGAGCCGGGUCCCCCAGGACCUUCUGGAAGGCCGGUGGACAUAGAACUUGGAGCCAGAGAGAAGGGAGAGCCUGGGGACCGUGGCCAGGAGGGUCCUCAAGGACCGAAGGGUGAUCCUGGGCCACCUGGAGCUCCUGGGGAGAGGGGCAUUGAUGGGCCUCGGGGUCCCCAGGGUCCACAGGGGGACCCAGGUGUCCGAGGCCCAACAGGAGAAAAGGGUGACCGGGGCCCCUCUGGACUGGAUGGCCGGAAUGGGCUGGAUGGGAAACCAGGAGCUCCUGGUCCCCCUGGGCUGCAUGGUGCUGCAGGAAAAGCUGGGGACCCAGGGAGAGAUGGACUUCCUGGCCUCCGAGGAGAACAAGGCCCACCUGGUCCCCCAGGACCCCCUGGAGCACUGGGAAAGCCAGGCGAGGAUGGCAAACCUGGCCUGAAUGGGAAAAAUGGAGAACCUGGGGACCCUGGAGAAGAUGGGAGGAAGGGAGAGAAGGGAGAUUCAGGCUCCCCAGGGAGAGAAGGUCAUGAGGGCCCCAAGGGUGAACGUGGMGCUCCUGGUAUCCCUGGGCUCCAGGGCCCUCCAGGUCUUCCAGGGCAGGUGGGCCCUCCUGGCCAGGGUUUUCCUGGUGUCCCAGGAAGUGUCGGCCUCAAGGGUGAUCGUGGGGAGACUGGAUCCAAAGGGGAACAGGGCCUGCCUGGAGAGCGUGGCCUGAGAGGAGAACCUGGGAGUGUCCCGAAUGUGGAGCGAUUUCUGGAAACUGUUGGCAUCAAGACAUCUGCCUUGCGGGAGAUUGUGGAGUCUUGGGAUGAGAGUUCUGGUGGCUUCCUGCCUAUGACUGAACGGCGCCGUGGCCCUAAAGGGGACCCAGGCGAGCGGGGUCCCCCAGGCAAGGAGGGCUCCAUUGGUUUUCCUGGAGAACGAGGGCUAAAGGGAGAUCGUGGAGACCCUGGCCCUCAGGGGCCACCUGGCCUGGCCCUUGGGGAGAGAGGCCCCCCUGGACCUCCUGGCCUUGCCGGGGAGCCUGGAAAACCUGGAAUUCCUGGGCUCCCAGGUCGGGCUGGGGGUGAGGGGGAGGCAGGAAGGCCAGGAGAGAGGGGAGAACGGGGAGAGAAAGGAGAACGUGGAGAGCAGGGCAGAGAUGGCCUCCCUGGCCUCCCUGGACCCCCUGGUCCUCCUGGUCCCAAGGUGACUAUAGAUGGACUCACCAGAGAACAAGGGCCCCCUGGACUCAAGGGUGCCAAGGGAGAGCCAGGCAGCGAUGGUGACCGAGGCCCCAAAGGAGACAGGGGUGUGCCAGGCAUCAAGGGAGAUCGGGGAGAACCUGGUCAGAGAGGUCAUGAUGGCAACCCAGGUCUACCAGGAGAGCGUGGUGUAGCUGGGCCUGAAGGAAAGCUGGGUUUGCAGGGUCCGAGGGGGGCCCCUGGCCCAGCAGGUGGCCAUGGAGACCCUGGACCGCCUGGUGUCCCAGGUCUUGCUGGCCCUGCUGGACCCCAAGGACCUUCUGGACUGAAGGGAGAGCCUGGAGAGACAGGACCCCCAGGACGGGGCCUGCCUGGACCUACUGGAGCUGUGGGACUUCCUGGCCCCCCUGGCCCUUCAGGCCUUGUGGGUCCUCAGGGGUCACCAGGUUUGCCUGGACAAGUGGGGGAGACAGGGAAGCCAGGACCCCCAGGUCGUGAUGGUGCCAGUGGAAAGGAUGGAGACAGAGGAAGCCCUGGUGUACCAGGAUCGCCAGGUCUGCCUGGCCCUGUUGGACCUAAAGGAGAACCUGGACCCAUGGGGACCCCUGGACAGAUGGUAGUUGGACCCCCUGGAGCAAAGGGAGAGAAGGGAGCCCCGGGAGGCCUUGCUGGAGACCUGGUGGGUGAACCGGGGGCCAAAGGUGAUCGAGGACUGCCAGGGCCAAGGGGUGAGAAGGGUGAAGCCGGCCGUGCAGGAGAACCUGGAGACCCUGGGGAAGAUGGUCAAAAAGGGGCUCCAGGACUUAAAGGAAACAAGGGUGACCCAGGAAUUGGGGUCCAAGGGCUUCCUGGGCCAACUGGUCCUCCAGGUAUGAAGGGAGACCUGGGCCCUCCUGGUAAUCCUGGUGCUCCUGGUGUUGUUGGGUUUCCUGGUCAGACAGGCCCUCGAGGAGAGAUAGGCCAGCCAGGCCCCAGUGGAGAACGGGGUCUGGCAGGCCUCCCAGGAAGAGAAGGUCCCCCAGGCCCCUUGGGACCACCUGGACCACCAGGGUCAGCGGGAGUGCCUGGAGCCUCUGGACUGAAAGGAGACAAGGGAGACCCUGGAGCAGGGCUUCCUGGGCCCCGAGGCGAGCGUGGCGAGCCAGGUAUCCGGGGUGAAGACGGCCACCCUGGUCAGGAGGGACCCCGAGGACUCAUGGGGCCCCCAGGCAUCCGGGGGGACAGAGGAGAGAAGGGUGAUGCUGGAACUGCAGGGCUAAAGGGUGACAAGGGUGACUCAGCUGUGAUCGUGGGGCCUCCAGGGCCACGGGGUGCCAAGGGGGACAUGGGUGAACGAGGGCCUCAGGGCAUAGAUGGUGACAAAGGACCUCGGGGAGACAAUGGAAACCCUGGUGACAAGGGCACCAAGGGGGAGCCUGGUGACAAGGGCUCCACUGGGUCAACGGGAGCUCGAGGACUCAUAGGACCUAAGGGUGAGCCUGGUGUUGCAGGGAUCCCUGGUGACCCGGGAGCCCCAGGAAAGGAUGGAGCACCUGGUUUCCGAGGAGACAAAGGAGAUACUGGCUUCAUGGGCCCCAGGGGCAUCAAGGGUGAACGGGGGAUGAAGGGAGCCUGUGGCCUUGAUGGAGAGAAGGGAGACAAGGGAGAAGCUGGUCUUCCUGGCCGUCCAGGGCUGGUAGGACGAAAAGGAGAGAUGGGGGAGCCUGGUGUGCCAGGCCAGUCUGGGGCUCCUGGCAAAGAGGGCCUGAUUGGUCCCAAGGGUGACCGAGGCUUUGAUGGACAGUUAGGACCCAAGGGUGACCAGGGUGAGAAAGGAGAGCGGGGAUCCCCAGGAAUUGUGGGCUUUCCAGGUCCUAGGGGCAAUGAUGGUGCUAGUGGUCCCCCAGGGCCACCUGGUGGUGUUGGUCCCAAAGGCCCUGAAGGACUUCAGGGUCAGAAAGGUGAGCGAGGUCCCCCUGGAGAGAGUGUGGUGGGGGCCCCUGGGGCUCCUGGGACCCCUGGUGAGAGAGGAGAGCAGGGGCGGCCAGGGCCCAUUGGUCCCCGUGGAGAGAAGGGAGAAGCUGCAUUGACAGAGGAUGACAUUCGGGGCUUUGUGCGUCAGGAGAUGAAUCAGCAUUGUGCCUGCCAGGGACAGUUUAUUGCAUCUGGAUCACGACCCCUCCCUAGUUAUGCUGCAGACACAGCUGGCACCCAGAUGCACAGGCCAGUGCCUGUACUCCGUGUCUCCCAUGUAGAAGAGGAAGACCAAGUGCCCCCUGAAGAUGACGAGUUCUCAGAAUACUCUGAGUAUUCUGUGGAGGAAUACCAGGACCUUGAGGUUCCUUGGGAUGGUGAUGACCCCUGCUCCCUGCCUCUGGAUGAGGGCUCCUGUACUGCCUUCACCCUGCGCUGGUACCAUCGGGCUGUGCCAGGCAGGACAAAGGCCUGUCACCCCUUUGUCUAUGGUGGCUGUGGAGGGAAUGCCAACCGUUUUGGAACUCGUGAAGCCUGUGAACGCCGCUGCCUGCCUCACGUGAUCCAGAGCCAGAAAACAGGUGCUGCCCAGAGUUGAUGAGCUGCUGUUUAGUGUCCCCUGGAAGAAUCUGGAUCUCAACAGGUCCUGCUGUCCCUCCCCUUGGUGCUAGAGACCUCUGUGCACAUGAGCGUGUGUGUGUGUGUGUGCAUGUCCAUUAUUUCAGUGACUUGGUCCUGUGGGUCUAGCCUUUGUCCCUAUGGACAAACCCCCAUUGUGGCUCCUGCCUCCCUGGUGGAUGACUCACCAUGGGGGGUGGCUAUGGGCAGUGAGCGGAUGUGACUUGCGUCUGACCCACC